AUAAAACUUGGUAAUUAUUCUGCACGCAGUGGAAUGCUGAACUUUCAGCUUGCUAAACGACUCAGACCUGAUCUCUCAGAAACGGGCAAUGAGUUUUGAUCUGUUUACUUUGAAGAAUGAUGACAGCUUGAGGAAGUUUUACCUCAAGGAAUUUUACAGGCUUUUCAUUAUUAUUUGUUCAUUCUGCUCCAAACCGGUUCUGUGGCUGCACUUCCUGCAGGGCUUCCUGCUGAGAAGAACCUGUUCAGCAGUUCCAUUUAUUCACUUGGAUGCCGUAUGAAGAGUUUACGCCGCGCUGUCGUCUGCACUUGCUGACUUUGACACUGGAGGUUGGAAAUCACUCGAAUUGAGUAUUUGGUGCAGCCAUGCCUUGGGGAAAAAGUAAAAGAAAAGAAGAAACAAAUAACUGUGCCUGGAUGUCGAAGCUCCCGCCUGACUGCCAGAACAUUCCGCUGUGGAAUCUGGCCAUUCCAGGCAGCCACGAUUCAAUGAGUUAUGACUUAGACGUGAACUCUUCCAUAGUCGAGCCGGAUCAGCUGAUAAAGCUCAGUGGCAUUCCUUGUGUGCGAAAGAUAGUGCGCAGAUGGGCGAUCACUCAGGAGAAAACCAUCAAGCAGCAGCUGGAUGCAGGAGUGCGUUACUUUGACCUGAGGAUCGCUCACAAGCCACGGGACAAGAACAACCCCAGGUUUUACUUCUAUCAUGGCUUGUACACACACUCUGAUGUAGAGACUAUUCUCAGGGUCAUCAAUGAGUGGGCGGACAGGAACCCCAAAGAGAUCCUCAUCCUGUCUUUAUCCCACUUCAAAGGCUUUGACAAAGAACACAAGGACCAUCUUCACUUUCACUUAACCAACUUCAUCAAAGCCUUGUUUGGAACAAAACUCAUCCAUAAUCAUGAGAUCCCAACCUUGAAGUACUGUUGGGAAAAUAAGAAAAAUGUCAUUGUGUCAUAUGAUUAUCAGCCAAAUCAACACCCUGAAUUAUGGAGCAAAAUCAUUUAUUUCUAUGGCAACACCAUGAAAUCAACAGAAAUUGAGAAAACCCUCCAGCACAAUCUGGACAAACAGAAGCCCAAUAAAGGUUUCUAUGUAUGUGGCUUGAAUCUGACGCUGCCAAGUGAUGCAGGUAUUCUCAAGUACAUCCUUAGAAUCUGUGGCUCUUUUACUACCGUCAUACAGAAGAGUCUGCCCAAACUCAUCAGCUGGGUGAAAACAAGUCACGUGCCAAUGAACAUCAUCGCGUCGGAUUUGGUGACCUGGAAUAACUUUGUCCCAACUGUCAUCAACCUCAAUUAUGGCAAACAUUAGGACACGUGGUGGGAACGUUCACGCCAACGCAGCAAAGACCACAAGUUUAUUUGUUCAAUCAUACUGUGUUAUGAUUCAACAUUCAGCUUUCGUUCACACAAAUAAUGUCUUUUUAUUAGAACAAUGCAACUGAUCUAAUUCAACAAGCCUUUUUGUGAUUCUGUCUAAAUAAGUUGCUGUAUUAUGAGGAAAACGACUGAUUCAUUAUUCUGAGCAGCCCUAAUACCUUUCAACACUCUUGCUAACCUUUUACGGUGCUCAGUAAUAGCGGGAUUUAACAUGAAAUAAUACUUAAAUCAUGUUAUCAAGCUGUUAUUUUGCUGUUAUGUGACCUUCAUCUGAGUUAUGUGUUUGGAUACAAUCAUUAUCAUGUCUAUGUUUAGCCUAGCUACCCAGCUCAGUCACUCUGUGAUAGCUUUUAGCCUGUUAGCAUGUUGGCAGCUUUGAAAUGUGCAAGUUCAGUCCUAAAUAUAUAUAAUGCAUUUUGCAAAUAUGUGUGAUCAGAUAAUGAUAAUGCUGCUGAAAGGUCAAAGCCUUGAGUUUGAAGGCUCAAAGUCUAGGGUUGAUUGAUUUGAUUUUGAUUUUUAAUUUUUAAAUAAAUAAUUACAUAAAUUGUCCUUUUGUAAUAACAGUGUCUCUUUGAUUCAGGACAGACCCAAAGAACCAGGGGUUAACAGAAGUAAUGAUUCACAAUCUGAUAUAAUUUUUUUAAGAUAGUGUUGAUUGGAAUGAGAUAUGAUCUUUAAAUCAGUUUUUUAAAAAUCGAGAAAACGACACUAUUGGUCAAAACAAAUGUUUUUAAAUCUCAACUCUAAUUUUGGAUUUUAUUGUAUACUAAUUGAAUAUUUGUGUUUUAUUCUUGUAUCGUGUUUGGUGCUACCUGUCUUUUUUUUUUUAAAUUGUUCUAACUCUUGAAAAAUAGAUUUUAUUCUCAACAAGACCUGGUUAAAUAAAGGAUAUGAUGAUUUUA